UACAAAAAUGCUGUUCGAAUUUCGUGUGCCAUGGAAGCCGCGGAGCGGGAUGCAGCGGCGGUGGAGCGCGCGCCGGAGGGCGAGGCCGCGCCCGUGCACGUGGUGGCGGCGCGGCGGGGGCGCGGGGCCGGCCAGCAGGCGCGCGGGGCCGGCGGCACACGCGGGCGGCACAGUGGACAAGACAACUCGAAAACAAAAUGCUAUGCGUGCGGGGCGCAAGACCAUUGGAGCGACAGUUGCCGGUAUAGCAGCUUCGUGUGCGGAGGGUGCAAGCAGAAGGGUCACCUGCGGCGAGUGUGCCCGAAGCGACGGCAAGGAGGCACCGGGGCCAGCGGGAAUAACAUGGUGGCUCACGUGCAUGCGGCGGACAACAGUACAGACCGGUUGGACCAGGCGCCACGGUACGGAGACGACGAGCAAGCUGAAUCGGGAGAAGAGGACUGGCCUGUUGAAGAAGAGUUACAUCAACUCAGUCUAAACAGUUACAAGGCGAUAUAAGGAGCUGUUCACGGAGGGCCUGGGCCGGUUCAGAGGAGGCGCGGCGCGGCUGCAGGUGCGCGAGGGGGCGACGCCGGUGUUCUGCCGCGCGCGGCC